CACACAAGCCUGCCUCUGAGAGGGAAAUAGCCAGGUGGAAUCUCACUCUGUUUCCAUGGACAACCCGUCCAUUAUCACCCAGGUGACUAACCCCAAAGAGGAGGAGAUCCUGUCCUGCACUCAGGAUAAAGUGUCCCAAUGUAAUAUCAGCUUGAAGAAGCAGAGGAGUCGAAGUAUCUUUAGCACCUUAUUCUGCUGCUUUCGUGACUACAAUGUCGAGCCACCAUCUACCAACAGCACCAGUGCUCUGCCUCCUUUGGUGGAGGAGAAUGGAGGACUUCAGAAGGGUGACCAGAUGCAGGUCAUGCCUAUACCAAGUGGAAUAUACUAUUUCCACGGGACUGAAGCAGUGCAGCAGUCGUUUCACUACAAGCCACCAGCUAAAUACCUCCUGCCAGAACUGACAGCAUCAGACUAUGGGAAGAAGUGUGUGGUCAUUGAUUUAGAUGAAACUUUAGUGCACAGUUCAUUUAAGCCAAUUAGCAAUGCUGAUUUCAUCGUUCCUGUUGAAAUUGAUGGAACCAUACAUCAGGUUUAUGUAUUGAAACGACCACAUGUGGACGAGUUUCUUCAGAGGAUGGGAGAGCUCUUUGAAUGUGUACUCUUCACAGCCAGUCUAGCCAAGUAUGCAGACCCAGUAGCUGACUUACUGGAUCGCUGGGGUGUGUUCAGGGCAAGGCUCUUUAGAGAAUCCUGUGUUUUCCACCGAGGGAAUUACGUGAAGGAUCUGAGUCGACUGGGCCGUGAGCUGAGUAAAGUUAUUAUAGUAGAUAAUUCUCCUGCAUCUUACAUCUUCCAUCCUGAAAAUGCAGUGCCUGUGCAGUCCUGGUUUGAUGACAUGACAGACACAGAGCUGCUAGAUCUUAUUCCUUUCUUUGAAGGACUAAGCAAAGAGGAAGAAGUUUACAGUAUGCUUCAUAAACUCUGCAACAGGUAGCCCUUAACUCUGACUGACUCCUGCUCCUAGAUUGCAGUUGCUAGAGGCUGUCUCCAUCUCUUUCAGCUCUUUCAAGUGUAAGCUUUGGGGAGGUCACCCCUGUCAGAAGUGCUACUCUUGAUCUUCCUGUUACAUUGGACACGAAGGACAAUCAUGAGUGAUGCUAUUAAGCCUUCAGAAGCCUGACUCCUAAGGUCAUGUGUUCAGACUACUUUUUUAAAGGAAAAAAAAAAAAAAAAAAAAAAAGAAGCUAUUUUAAAUGGGACUCUUUUAAUUAAUUUCAUAAAUGGACAUCUUUUACUGGAUCAGCUUUUCUUAAAACAUGCCAAAAAAAGAAGCUUGUAUUUCAGCAGUUGAAUUUCUCUCCCUUUCUUCCCCUCCCACUAUGCAGACAAUUUUACCCCCCUGCUUAGAGCAGUUGACCUGACUCUGAAUUUUUUCUUACAGAAUGAAGUGCCUUUUUGAAUGUUAUUUUAAGAUAAAAAUUCAUUUUUGUAUAAGACGUAUUUCCAGACAUCUUUUAGUCUUGUAUUGUCUAAAUGCUUUAAAAGGAAAAAGGAAAAAAAAAAAAAUUUAUAGAGCACUGUAAUAUAUAACAAAGGAAAAAGUUGAAACCAAGAUGCUGGGUUCCUGUCUCCACGAUGACAUUGAGUUGUGUUACACUUUGUCAUGCUCAGAAGGUUCAGGCGUUCGUGGGAGAGGUGAAUUGGGGUCACUAACGUGUUUCACUGAUGAGGAUUUUGGGCACAGUUUUAAAACAUAUCUGCAGUUGUUUAUUUAGGGGAGUGAUGGAGUUGAGGAAAUGAGGUGGCUGAUAGACCUAAAGCACCUUUAAUUCCAGACAGAUGAAGUUCUGCUGUCUCUGCUUACGCACAACUGCCAUGCCUCUUCUUUUUUGGAAAACCUUUAUCUUGGGAGAACAGCGAGGAGAUCUAUUUAUUAGUUUAACAUUCUUUUCUCAAAACAACCCAACUGGGUAAGCUGGAUCUAUAUUGAGCUGUUUGGAGUACUUUUUUCUUUAAAUUGCUGCUACUGUAUACUCACCAAAUGGAGUUGACCAUCGGCUGUUAUACUGUUUUUGCCACUGUGCCUGUGCUAUGAGACAUUUUCUGUAAGCUGCAAACUUGGGCAAUAAAUAAAAUGCAGGCUUCAUAACCCACCCCCCUGGAUUAAUCCACUGGUAUCUGAUAUACCAGAGAACCCAGUUAAAGGUGACCUGUAAAGGAAUUUUUUUAUUUUUUUUUUAAUUAAGAUGAAGCCCUCUCCUUUCUUUGCUACAUGAAAAUGCAGGAAGUAUUUUGCCCACACCUUUGAUUUGUGUUUCUUUUUCCCCAAGGUGUAAGGUGCAGAUUAGGAGCUGUGUCAAGUCUUGCUGGAAGGGCAGAAGUUACUAGCCUAGACUAAAAUUGGUCCUCUGGAUUUGGAGUUGAGUUAGACUCAUCUCUGAAUCUGAGAGCCUGCUUAACAUCUUCUGCAGUGCCAUAGGUACCUUUUCAGAUGAAUGAUUUUUAAAUACUUUAUGCCUUUAGAGAACAAGGCACAUAUUUUUUUCCCCCCCCUGCUUUCCAGUGUCACCUUUCAGUUAUUUCAGUCCACAGCAGAAAUCUGCAAACACAAAAAGUGCAGCUGCAUUUGGCUGUCAUCAGAGAAGACUAAAUGGACUAUUUGGUGCUUCUAAUUAGCCUUGUGCUAAAUUCUGAAUUGUAGACCCCCUUUGCCUUUUCUCUUUUCCUCGAAAAGUCCCGAUGACUUGGGGAAAGAACCAAAAUUCCUUAGUGAUGGACUUGGGGCUUGUGAUCCUUGUCUCAAGAGCGUUGGUGAAGCAGCUUAACAAAUCCAUCCCAGAGGGGCAGGCCAGUCUGCACAGGCAGUGAGUGGGUGGUGGUGGGUGCAGGAUCAACCUGAGCCCCCCCUGCAGUGCAGCUGUGCUCCAGCUGUGCUCCAGCUGUGCUCCAGCUGUGCUCCAGCUGUGCUCCAGCUGUGGCUGGGCCCAGGGGGUGCUGGAGGCAGUCCCAUCACACCCGUGAGUCUGUAGGGCAGCACCCUUUUGUUUCUUAACCAGCUGGCAUCACCUUAGUACUGUAUAAAUCUGUGCCACAACAAAAAGAUAAACUGUCAAGUUUAAAAAUUUAAAAAAAAAAAAAACAUAAACAAAGCCUACUUUGUUUAAAAAUAUAACAAAAAAAACAAACAAAAAAAAGGACGUAUGGAUUCUGGUUAGUCCAUUAACGUUUACUUUCAGUUUAAGAUGGUUUAAUUUUGUAUUUGACUCCAGAGUAACGAAACUGUAAGCUGCCAAAAAAAAGAAAAAAGAUAAAAAAAGUUGUUCUCUGAGCAGUAUUUUCAACUGUGCCUGUGGCCCCUGGGCCCCAGUGCAGUUUGCAGGGAAGUAUUCAGGUUGUAGUUAGUCUUGCAGGUAUGAGAGGAAUGGCUGAAGAAAUUCAAAGACUUUUUCUCGUUAGCAUUAGACCAAACAAUCAGACAGUGAGUAAAUAAGCCACGAGACAGGGCCGUGUGACAGUUGUGACCUGUUGGACGUGAGACAAACCAUUGUCACCCUUUUGCAUCUCUGGAAGCAGCGAUUUCAUGAACCAGUUGCCUUAAGUCUGUGAAUGAAUGUUGAUUAUAUUAUUAAAGUGUCUUGUAUUGUUUUCAAAUCCACAUAGAAUGGACAACUGAACUUCUGCACCAGCCUCUGGAGGAACGGUUCUGAUGUUUGCUUUCUGAUUGUUCUGUACAACCACACUUGGACUGUAUUAUUUUGGCUCUUAAAACCCCCAAAUUUUAAAAAAGCCCAACUUACUGUAACUUAGUACAGCAUUAAAAUGACAAUACAAAGACAAAAAAAAAACUUAGCACAGCUUUGAUCUCUGUUAGUAUUAAGAGUAUUUUCUAUAAGUUCUGAUCAGUUCUAUUUUUUUAACCCACCCAACUUGUAUGGAAAUAAAACUCAGAGUGCUCUGCAAUCAGGUUUGGACUCCCCUGGGUAUUCAGAUUUGGCCAAAGGGAUCAAACUGUCACAGUUGUUUAUUUUGACACGAUCAUCAUACUUGAAAUUUCAAGAGUUGAGUUUGUGUGGAUAUAUAUACACUAUAUAUUUAGAGUUUCUAGAUUCUAAAAAAGCAAUAGAGUUCUGUCCAUAAAGUCAGAGAACGAGUGGAAUGUUUGUAAAAUUCGCAAUACGGGUAUUUGAUUGUAUUUUAAAUACGAGAUUUAAAAAAAAAAUUAAAAAAAAAAUUCAAAUAGGAAAAAAAAAAACCCCAAACCUACAACUUGUUUCCUAAAUCUCUUGCGUAUUUUGAAGUGCAGUUACUGCAUGCAGGUCACCAGGGCUGUUAUAAACCCUGGGUUUCAAUUCUGUUUCUGGAUAUUAUAUAAAUAUUAAAAAAGUCUUUUCCCAGUUGGUCAUUCUAAAGAGAUGCUGCCUGGCCUGAAGUUCUGUUGUCCUUUUUAUGUUGGGUUAAAAAACGUUUUUUUGCCUGUAUGGGUAUUUUUAAAUUAAGCUGAAAGGCAGAAUGCCUUAGACCCUUGAAACUCCAACGGGAGCGUUAACAGUGAAAUUGCCAUUUGUAACCUUAGGGCUGUGCUCAGAACCCUUGCUCACACCAGGAAGCGUGGCAGGCUGGGCAUGGGGAGAUGGUGGCAAAUGUACAAUAUUGCUGUGUUCAUUUAGGUAGCUUUGGAAGAAUAAUUUUGUCUCUUUGUUUCGCCCUUUUGAUCUUUAUUAAAACAGCAAAAAAGUUACGCGUGGAAGAAACUCAACACCUGGAGACGUUUUGGUUGUCAGUGUACGCAAUCACUUUUCUUACAGCAUGAUUUUGAUUAGACUGGUUGGGGACAAUAAAGUAUCUAAAUGACACUGGUGUGUGCUGAUGUUGCAGCUUUUGAAAUUUCAGUGUGUAAAAAAAAAAACAAGAAAAAGAAUCUGUAGCUCUGUGACUUCCGAAGGCAUUAACCCUCUGUUGGACAGAUUGUUUUUAACCUAAUAAACCACAGUUCCGCACAGCCCUAUUUGUAAAACAAAAACAAGUUUGUGCCUCUGAUUCCAAGGUGCUGUGAUGUUUUUUUUGCCUUUGUGGGGUGAGGAGGGGCGGGUGAGACUGGCGUGGGACAAUUGCUUCAAAAUCUCUGGGCUAACUAUGCAAAACCAGCUGUCAGUUUUCUGUUUCACAUGAUGUUGUAAAAUCCCAGCUGACUCUCUCUUAUUUCUUGUUAAAGAUCUGUUGGGAGCUCCUCAACAGAGGAGUAAGCAAUGGAAAUGUUUCUUUCUUUCUUUCCUUUUUCUUCCUUUUUUUUUUUUUUUUUUUUUUUGUUCCUUAUGAUGGAGCUGUUUACACUUUGAUGCAAUGAACAAUCCAGCAAUACUUGAGAAACACUACAGAUACCAUAUGAGUGUUUGCAGGAGAGGGGAGUGUUGUCAAUCAGGUAUUGAAUGGUUUCUUUACUGUCACAAAUAAAAAAUUUUAACAAUAUA